AGAAGUAAUAUCAUGUCUCAUCACUCCAUCCUUGGUACCUCUGGACACAAGCACUUCAGCUCCUGUUCAAUGGCUUCUCCUAAACAUGGCAGCUCGUACCACACAUUAUCUCACUCCUCCAAAUCAGCAGCUCAUGGUCAUAAGACCCUGCAUUGCUUUAGCAGCAGAAGUGCCCAUAGUAUGGGCUCCAGAGGAAACAAGAUCUCAAUGGGAAGCUGCCAUUCUGGGAAAACUGGACACGGAUCUGGACAUGGAUCUGGAUAUGGAUAUGGAUCUGGUUUCAGUAUUGGAGGUAUUGGUUAUGGAUUUGGGGGAUCUGGUUGCUCUGGAGGUAUCAAUCAAGUUACUGUGAACCAAGGUCUUCUGGCUCCUCUCAACCUGGAGAUCGACCCAAGCAUUCAGCGAGUGAGGACUGAAGAGAAGAAUCAGAUUAGAGGACUGAAUGACAAAUUUGCUUCUUUCAUUGACAAGGUUAGAUUUUUGGAACAGCAGAAUAAAAUGCUGGAGACAAAGUGGUCCUUAUUACAAGAACAGAGAAGUGCCCACUUUCAGAUAGAACCACUGUUUGAGGCUUUUAUUGGUAACCUCAGGAGACAGCUGGAGACUCUGGGAUGUGAAAGAGAACGUCUGGACUCAGAAAGGAACAGUAUGGAGCAAUCUGUGGAAGAACUAAGGAGACGAUAUGAAGAAGAAGUAAACAGACGCACUGCUGCAGAGAAUGAGUUUGUUGGAAUAAAGAGGGAUGUAGACGCAGCUUUUAUGAAUAGAGCGGAAUUACAGGGAAAGGCUGAUUCCCUGAAUGAAGAGAUCAAUUUCUUGAGGACUCUGUAUGAUGCGGAAAUAGCCCAGCUCCAGGCUCAGAUCUCAGACACCUCAGUGGUUGUGUCCAUGGAUAACAGUCGGGAUCUGGACCUGGAUGGAAUCAUUGCUGAGGUCAGAUCUCAAUAUGAGGACAUUGCUAACAGGAGCAGAGCUGAGGCGGAGGCCACGUACCAGUCACGGUUUGAGGAGCUUCAGACAGCGGCAGGAAGAAAUGGGAACAAUCUGCAGAGCAGCAGAGAUGAGAUCUGUGAAUUAAAUCGUGCAAUUCAGAGACUAAGAGGAGAAAUCGACAAUGUGAAAGCACAGCGCUCUGCACUUGAAUCUGCAAUAAAUGAAGCUGAGGAACGUGGGGAAUCUGCUGUCAGAGAUGCCAAGAACAAGCUUUCUGAGUUGGAAGGUGCUCUACAGAAGGCCAAGCAGGACAUGGCACGCCAACUACGAGAAUACCAGGAGCUGAUGAAUGUGAAACUGGCUCUAGAUAUUGAGAUUGCCACCUACAGGAAGAUGCUGGAAGGAGAGGAGGGCAGGUUGACUGCACAUGACUCUGUUAAUAUAUCCGUGCUCCACUCCAGCACUGGAGGAAAGCACAACUCAGGAGAGAAGUCCCACGGUACUAGCGACCAUCAGCACAGGGGACGAUCCAGAGCAAGCAGUGGGAGGAGCCUCAGCUACAUCUCGAAAAGCCAACACAGUUCUGGCCACUGUUAAAGUGCAAUUCACUAAACAGGGAAUUAUUGGGAAUUCAAAUUGAGUUUGACAUUUUGGUCCGAAAUAUCUAAAUUGCAAAAACUGCCCAUAUCAAAUUAUGUUUGAUAGUUUGAUUUCCAAAUAAUUCACACUUCAGUGAAAAACGCUAAUAGCUAUUGAUGCUAAAGAGAAAGAUUAAACUCUAGCGAAAGCACUAAAGGCAUACCAAGAAUCUGCUGCAAUAUUUGCUUUUUCGGGUGCAAUUGUUUUUUGUUGUGUUUUUUUUUUCUUCCAACUCAAACAUGUGUCUGCCCCAUAACUAUAUGUUGAAUUGUCUUCAUAGCUUGUAAAUAUAAAUACUUCUUAUCUGUGAUGU